CGCUCGCCCGCGGCCGGCAGAGGAGGAGGCGGGGGCCGGGGCUCGGCGCCGCCCGCCCCGAAGCCCUGCGCUCACCUUGGGCGCGGAGGGGAGGUGGUGCGCGGCUGUCUCGCCCCCGGGCUGGAAGGAGGCAGCACCUGGAGAUUUUUCAGUGGCGACUGUGGAACUGUUCUUCCUUGGCUCCUGCUCUGUGAGAUCAACUAUGGAACAUGCUCAAGUAGAUGAAGUAUGUCUUGAGCAAACCCAGAAGUAUUGUGUGGAGAGACCAAUAUAUAACCAAGAACUCUUGGAAGGACAGCUGCACAGACGAGAAAGAACACCUCAGACUUUAAGGCAGAAGAUUGCACAUUCUUGUCGUUGUUCUUCUAAGAAAGCCAAGUCUCAUCUUUACAGUUUCUUACCAAUUUUAAAAUGGCUUCCCCAUUACCGAGUAAGGGAAUACUUAUUAGGAGACAUUAUCUCAGGUAUAAGCACUGGGGUUAUGCAGCUUCCUCAAGGUUUAGCCUAUGCUAUGCUGGCAGCUGUUCCUCCAGUAUUUGGCCUAUAUUCUUCAUUUUAUCCUGUCUUUCUAUAUACCUUUUUUGGAACCUCCAAGCACAUAUCUAUAGGCACCUUUGCUGUGAUUAGUAUGAUGGUUGGUGGCGUUGCUGUGAGAGAAGUGCCUGAUGAAAUUAUUUCUGUAGGCUAUAAUUCUACUAAUGUUACAGAUACCCCUGAAUAUUACAAUGAUAGGGACACCAAGAGGGUACAGGUAGCUGUGACUCUCGCCUUUCUUACAGGAAUCAUCCAGUUGUGUUUAGGUCUCCUCCGAUUUGGAUUUGUAGCCAUCUAUCUAACAGAGCCUCUAGUACGAGGAUUUACUACUGCUGCUGCGGUUCAUGUUUUCACUUCCCAAUUAAAGUAUUUACUUGGCAUUAAGACUAAACGAUACAGUGGACCCCUCUCAGUUGUAUAUAGCAUAGCUGCUGUGCUUUCAAAUAUAACAACGACCAACAUUACUGCAUUGGUUAUUGGAUUAACAUGCAUUGUUCUACUGUUUAUUGGCAAGGAAAUCAAUCUCCGAUUUAAGAAGCAGCUCCCAGUUCCUAUUCCUAUGGAGAUCAUUGUGGUAAUCAUUGGCACAGGAGUUUCAGCUGGAAUGAAUCUGAAUGAGUCAUACAAAGUGGAUGUUGUUGGGAAUAUUCCUCAAGGGUUACGUCCACCAGCAGUUCCUGAGAUGCAGCUUAUCCCAGCAAUAUUUGUGGAUGCAAUAGCAAUAGCAAUAGUUGGAUUUUCAAUGGCUGUAUCAAUGGCCAAAAUCUUUGCCCUUAAACAUGGCUACACCAUUAAUGGGAAUCAGGAACUUAUUGCCUUGGGAAUAUGCAACUCUGUGGGGUCAUUUUUCCAAAGCUUUUCAGUCACUUGCUCAAUGUCUCGGAGUCUUGUUCAGGAAAGCACGGGUGGGAAAACACAGAUUGCAGGCACUCUCUCCUCAAUUAUGGUUCUGUUGGUAAUUGUGGCUAUUGGAUACCUCUUUGAACCGCUUCCACAGACAGUGCUAGCUGCAAUUGUCAUGGUGAACCUGAAAGGAAUGUUUAAACAGUUUGGAGAUGUCGCACACUUCUGGAGAACCAGUAGGAUUGAGCUGGCCAUCUGGGUGGUAGCUUUUGUGGCUUCUCUUUUCCUGGGACUAGACUAUGGUUUGCUUACUGCAAUAGCGUUUGCAAUGAUAACCAUUAUUUACAGAACACAAAGCCCUCAAUACAGAAUCCUUGGUCAGAUUCCUGACACUGACAUCUACUGUAAUGUGGAAGAAUAUGAAGAGGUUAAAGAAUAUCCUGGAAUAAAAAUAUUUCAAGCUAAUGCAUCGCUUUAUUUUGCCAAUAGUGAGUCAUAUACAAGUGCACUGAAGAAAAAGACUGGAGUGGACCCUUGUGCUGUAUUAGCAGCAAGGAAAAAAGCCCGGAAGAGGCAUGCCAGGGAAAUCAAGGCGGCAAAUAAACUCAAAAAGAAAGCUGUACUGAAAUUAGUGAAUUUGACUAACGAUGUGGAAGCAAAUGUAAAACAUGAGAUAGCAAAUGAUGAGUUACCUGUAAACGGAAAAUUUGCAUCUGCAGAUGCUAGUGUACCAGAUACGUCUCCUGAGGAACAUGAACAUUUUGUGGAGCCCAAAGCAAACAUCCACUCUUUAAUUCUGGAUUUUGCCCCGGUGAACUUCGUGGAUUCAGUUGGAGCAAAAACACUAAAAUCAAUUAUAAAAGAAUACAAAGAAAUUGGUGUCUGUGUCUGUAUUGCCAGCUGCAGUGGUGAGUUGAGGGGGUUUUGUGAGCUUUAUGGGGGACAGUGUGUUUCCUCUCUUCCCUCUGGUCCCGAAUUUUCUGCUGUCAGGUACCUUAGUAGUAUCAAUACUUUACAUAACAUUGGAUUUGAGGAAAAGCAAGCCCGUAUGCAUUAGAGCCUUCACUUUAGUGAAAGUAGAGCACAGUUCUGUGAGGACUAGAUCCUGCAUCCAUUCAUUCCAGCUGGCAAAUUGUAAAUGCCACCCCAAACCUUGUAUCUUGAAAUUGUUGUAAUCAUGUAAUGAGGAGGAAAGCCUGCAAUGUUCCAAGUUUCUGAUGUUUGGAAUUGUAUCACCUUCAGCCGAGAACAGGCCUCUGUGUAUGUAUGUGUAAGUGAAUUAUCUGUUUGGAGCAGAAGUAGCCUGUGAUCCACCUGGCUAUCUUAAAUGUUCUAAGUAAUAACAAGUGAGAGAACAAGGCGUUGUCUUCUUCCCAAGAUACCGUUGUCUUCCAUCUUCGUACUUUAGUUUACUCACUGAUGCCAUCUUUGGUUUCUGUUUUUAGGCCCCGUUAGGAAUGAGCUGACAAGACUGAAUUUUUUCGAUAACACCAUAACAAGAGAGUUGCUGUUUCACAGUAUUCACGAUGCUGUCCUGGCUUGCCAAGUGAAAGACAGGUCUGCUUCGCAGGCUGACUGACCUCUGAAGAGUGGCAUCGAGCAGGAUGGGAGCCAGACUGAUGCUGAUGGAGACUCCUUCUGAAUAUUUAAUUUGCACAAAAGGUUUAAAGAGAGCCUGAGGCUGUUUGUAUCUACGGGUAUAGAGUGGUGCUUAUUUUCUGUAGGAAGAGUGGACAAGGAAGUGGAAGCCUUCAUGCUCUUGAUUUUAUUCCUUCAAUCAGGGUAUAGCCUUCCAGCAGCAUACAAGCACCAAAUUAUGCAAGACAAGAAAAUUCAGUGUGUUCUGCUACAAUCAGGAUCUGACAGAUACAGUGACAUUCCGAUUCCUGUUGAGAAAAUGGGCACUUUAACUCACUACAAGGUGGGAUCUUGCAGGAAGUAACUGUUCUGCAACUACAAUGCACUGUCCCAGUGUCUUUAAAGAACUUUCUUAGCUGACUUUUAAAGCCUGAUGUCAACAUCUGCAUACAACAGUCAUACAAAUUAUAACAAUCUACCAGCCAGAUUAAUGAAUUCACACUGGUGGCAUUUAGCUGCUGCUCUUUUUAAACCUAUGGUACAGUUGGUUUGGGUUAUUUAGGUAUCUGACCUGUCUCACCUAAACUCUUCACUGCCUCAGUGUUUUCACUCUAAGUGAACUUCAAAUUAGAAACUCAUCGUUGAAUUACUACAUUAUCAAUAUGGUACUUUCACUGCCAAAACCCAGUUAUGCUUUCUAGAAAAGACUACACUUGAUUUUGAGCUGAAAUUAGUUUAGCUUCAAAGUUUGAAGACAAAACUGGUUGAAGGCAGGAGUGAAGCCUAUUAUAAUUACAUUGAGAACUGACGCCCGAUGUGCAGUCUCUUAAGCUGGAAUAAAAAUGUAGAGAAGGUCUAAAGUCUCAGUGGUGUCCCCCCCCCAAAAGAAGUACUUUUCUUUUGCCUGAGACACCUUCCUACCAGCAGUGCUGCUUCUGCCUCAGCUUUUAAGUGCUUUGAGAAAUAGAUUUCAAUAGAACUUGAAAACGUUAUGUGUUUGGGGUUUUUAAAAGAAGCAGUAGUGUGGGUUUUCUUCUGCUGUCUGCACAACCCGGCUGCUGCCGUACUGCUUAAGUUCAGGUGCGAGAUGAAAGCCAUGGAAAUGUAACUCAAGCAAAAGAAAGAAAUCUUCAAUGCUUGUAUUCCCUUAACAACAAUCACUGUGAAUCUGAGCAGGGGUAGGAGCCUCAAGGUGUUUCUCUCCAGGUUAUUUCAACAGCACAGGGGAAGUAGAGCAUCAAUGACAUUUCCUUUAACACCCCCAAAUCAAAGGUCCUGUGCAUAAGGGAAUUCAAAUGACUUCCCCUCUUCUGACUGCAGAACUUACUUACGUAGUACUUUCAUUUUGCUUGAAGCUCUGUUGCGAUAAGGGCUUGCUUCAGGUAAACCAGGUUUCCCAAGAACCGGGGGCAGUCAGGGAAGAUGUUUCAUUUCCUCAAGACUCCCUGCCACUAGGGAUAGGAAGCUUUCUGCAUCAGAAAUUACUGCUUAGCUGGAGUUCAAAGGAAGAAUUCAAUGCAUGUUAACACAUCGGGUGGCUUAUUUAAACAACUUUUGGUACAUUUUAUAAUGUUAACUAAGUUUAACAAGCCUUUGUACCUACAUACAGUAUAUUUUUCUACUUUCAGCUUGUUGCAGCUUCAGUUUUUAACUAUGUAGUCUCUUCAGUUCAUGUCAAAAUCGUGACAACUUCCAAAAUAAAGUGAUUAUGACUUGCCAAAA